GAGCUCAACAACAGCCGCCCCGCCAGGCAGGUCCGCCGUCUGGAGUUCAACCAGGCCAUGGAGGACUUCAAGACUAUGUUCCCCAACAUGGACUACGACAUCAUCGAGUGCGUCUUGAGGGCCAACAACGGCGCCGUGGACGCCACCAUCCCGGUCCCGUCCCCGCUUCGCUGCCACACGCAGGGAGGGGCCCAGCCCAGUGGGGAGCGUUUCCCCAGCUCGCCCUCACCCCAUCCUUUCGCCCUGCAGAUCUUGGAGCGCACCCUGGAGCCGGACAGCUCGGAUGAGGAGCCCCCUCCUGUCUACUCUCCUCCCGCCUACGAAAGCCAGACGUUUGGCAGCCCCUACCCUCGCGCGCCACCCACCCCACCGCCCAGGACGGAUGUGCUGGGGCCCGGCAGCACCCCGGUGACCAGGCGCUACAGGAACUGGAACCCACCGCUCCUGGGCAACCUCCCCGAGGAUUUCCUCCGCAUCCUGCCCCAGCAGACCGCAGGCACACAGGUGCUGGCAGAGCCUGAACUGGAGAGCAGUUUUGCCAUGAUUGCUACUUCCCUGUCACCACACUCCAUCCUGGCAAGCCUGCAGCCAGCUGUUCGCCUGGUGCCGCUGAGAGGGCUCAAGGAUCGCUUGAAAUAUGAGUCAAAAAAGUCCAAGUCAACCAGUGUUGCUGUCAGCAACGACUUUGGUUUCUCCUCCGUAAUAUCAGGUGACGUAGCCCCGUCUGUAACCAGCGAGGCCGGCGGUGCCGUGUCUGAUGAUGCCUUAUUCAGAGACAAACUGAAACACAUGGGAAAAUCCACGCGCAAGAAGCUCUUUGAACUCGCUAGAGCCUUCUCUGAGAAGACGAAGAUGAGGAAAUCGAAAAGAAAACACUUGUUAAAGCACCAAGUGCUGGGGACGGCAGCUUCCACGGCAAAUCUUCUCGAUGAUGUCGAAGGACAUUCAUGCGAUGAAGACUUCCAAGCACGGAGGCAGCAGCUGCGAGAGGAGGAGACGCUGAAGGAAGGGCAGUAA